UCUUGCUCCCAUAGCAAGCCUAAGACAGGCAUCCUGAUGCUGAACAUGGGCGGCCCGGAGCGCCUGGAGGAUGUCCAUGAUUUCCUGCUUCGCCUCUUCCUCGACACGGACCUCAUGAAGCUGCCAGCACAGAGUCGGUUGGCCCCCAUCAUCGCCAGGCGCCGCGCCCCCCGCAUCCAGGAGCAGUACAGCAGGAUCGGAGGAGGCUCCCCCAUCAGGAAGUGGACGGCGCUGCAAGGGGAGGCCAUGGUGCAGCUGCUGGACAGCAUGUCCCCUCAUACUGCACCCCACAAGUACUACAUCGGGUUCCGCUAUGUGCACCCCCUGACAGAGGAAGCCAUUGAGGAGAUGGAGGAGGAUGGCAUUGAGAGGGCUGUGGCCUUCACCCAGUACCCCCAGUACAGCUGCUCCACCACAGGCAGCAGUCUGAACGCCAUCUACCGCUACUAUCGCCACAAGGGGGCGAAGCCGAGGAUGAAGUGGAGCAUCAUUGACCGGUGGCCCACACACCCCCUGCUGAUCCGGUGCUUUGCCGACCACAUCCAGAAGGAGCUGGCCCUGUUCCCUGCUGACAGAAGGGACGACGUCGUCAUCCUCUUCUCUGCUCACUCCCUCCCCAUGGCUGUGGUGAACCGUGGGGACCCCUACCCCCAGGAGGUGGGGGCCACAGUGCAGAGGGUCAUGGAGGAGCUCCAGUACUCCCACCCCUACAGACUGGUGUGGCAGUCCAAGGUUGGCCCCAUGCCUUGGCUCGGCCCCCCGACAGAUGACACCAUCAAAGGCCUGUGCCAGCGAGGGAAGAGGAACCUCUUGCUGGUCCCCAUAGCCUUCACCAGCGACCACAUAGAGACGCUCUAUGAGCUGGAUAUCGAGUAUGGCCAGGUCCUAGCCAACGAGUGUGGAGUGGAGAACAUCAGACGAGCAGAAUCCCUUAAUGGAAACCCGCUCUUCUCCAAGGCGCUGGCCGAGCUGGUGAGCUCCCACCUGCAGGCCCGGAGAGCCUGCUCCAGGCAGUUCACCCUCUGCUGCCCGCUCUGCACCAACCCCGUGUGCCGGGAGAGCAAAGCCUUCUUCAGCAGCCAGGCACCGUGA